UGCCACCUGUCAGUGCCCAUCAAUGCCAGCAGUCAGUGCUCAUCAAUGCCACCUGCCAGUGCCCUUCAGUGCCACAGCAAUGCCACAUAUCAGUGCCUACCAGUGCACAUCAAUGCCACAUAUCAGUGCCCAUCUGAGCUGCAUUUCAGUGUCACCUAUCAGUGCCAGUCAGUGCCACCUACCAAUGCCAUGUGCAUCAGUGCCACCUAUCAGUGCCCGUCAGUGCUGCCUAUCAAUGCCACCUAACAGUGCCACCAAACAGUGCCAGUCAUCAGUGCCACCUAUCAGUGCCAUAUAUGAGUGCUGCCUUUCAGUGCCCAUCAGUGAUGCC